AUGAUCGCGAUCGCGAUCAACUAUGGCCAAGCGGGUAACACCCCCUCCUGGGAACAAGAGCUGGGUGAAGCUGCCAUUCUCUGUACGCUCAUAACAACUGGUUUAAUCUCUUUCCUUAAUCUGGCUCGGCUCUACCUGUGGAACCAGCCUAUGUGGCUUUGGCUGAAUCUCAUCCUGGACAUUCUCAUUGUUAUUUACGCAAUCGGCAUUGGUUUGCAAACAAUCGCCGACUACGGUUGGGGGUCCAAGGAACCAUUAUGGUUCAACAAUCUCAUUUGCGUUUUAUCAGGGUUGGCUGUUAUACUAGGACUGAUCCACCUUGCGCUAUUCCUGGUGAGAUGUUUCCUCUCAUUUAGCUAUCGGCCCUGGCGAGGAUACCGCAACUGGAGUUUCCCUUCAGGGUGCCUCAGUGUUGAAUUCAAAGUUAAAUUUGUUCGACAAGCGGAGAACACCGAGGCUUCUCUAGGUGAAACCGCUGAUGAACAAGCUAUCCAAAGGCAAGCGGGGUUGGACCGGGUUUAA